AUGGAUUCAAAUACCCAAACAAAAAUAAGGUGUGCAGUUAUUACUGGUGGAAAUAAGGGAAUUGGAUUUGAGAUUUGCAGACAAUUAGCUUCUAGUGGGAUUUCGAUUGCGUUAACAUCUAGAGAUGCAACUAAGGGUUUGGAAGCUAUUGAAAAGAUCAAAAUUUCGUUUGGACUUUCUAUUAUUGUAUUUCAUCAACUUGAUUACAUCCACAUAGGAGGGGCUAUGAGUGCACUGGGAUACGAAUGUCUGCAAACAAAUUAUUAUGGUGUCAAAUUAGUGACUGAAGCACUUAUUCCUUUACUUCAACUCUAUGAUUCACCGAGAAUUGUUAAUGUUACUUCCACCAUGGGAAUGCUGAAGGUUGUUUUCAAUGUAAAUGCUUUGGAAAUACUUAGUGAUGGGGAUGGCUUAAAAGAAGAGAGUGUAGAUGAGAUGGUGAAUAUGUUUCUUAAGUAUUUCAAGGAGGAUUUAAUGGAAUCAAAAGGAUGGCCUUCAUGUCUACCUGACCAUAUAAUCUCAAAAGCAUCUUUGGAUGCUUAUACCAGGAUAUUAACGAAGCAAUUUCCUGAUUUUCACAUAAAUUAUGUCAUGGUUGGUUCAAGACAGAUAUUUGCUUUAUAG